AUGUUGCAGGUUUGCAAAGCGGAAAUUGGAUGGGACCAGCCCGAUUCUUUGGUGCCACAAUCAGGAUAUGUCACCUUGGUUGCGGGUCCCUUCCGCGCCUCCACCCGCACUGUGCCAGUCAUCCGGAAGACCCGCCCCACCCCCGGCAACACCACCGAUGGCCCCAGCACCUCCUCCACCCCCAUUGGUCAGGCACAGCCCCCCGGCCAGGUGGGCCCUGUGGCCGCGGGUGAGGGUCAACAGCUGAGCUGGGCUCCCUCCCUGGGCCCCGAGUUGUUCGUCCUGACCGAGGACUGCCUGCUGGUGGCCGAUCUGGUGGUGGGGGCGGAGCUGUGGGGGCAGCGCGGCGGGGGGCGCUGGAACAGCUCGGAGGUGCUGUAUGCGCAGUCGGAGAUCUGUCUGGAUGCGGAGGGCCAGGCGCUGCUGCUGUCCGGAAGGUGCUUGGAGGUGCGGCUGCCGCUGAUGCAGCCGCAAGGGCAGGGAGGGGGAAACAAGGGCAAGGGAGGAGGAGGAGGGGCUGCAGGUGCCGGCGGCGGCGGCGGCGGCGGCAGUUCCUCGGCCCCGGUGCUGGGCGUGCUGGCUCUGAGCAUGUUGCUUCAGCCGGCGGAUGCGGAUGCAGCCGUGGCUCGUCACCUGCCCCCCGAGCUGGUUCCCCGGCUCCUGUUGGACACCACUCGGCUGGUCCCCGGGGCUGUGGUGCGGGGGGCGGCGGGGGUGGCCUACGUGGACCCCUGCGUGGUCUUCCUGAGGGGGGCUGCCGGGGCACCUGCAGGUGAGGUGCGUGUGGUGGAGGUGGAGGUGGAGGCAGUGGUGGAGGCAGUGGUGGAGGUGGAGGCAGUGGUGGAGGUGGAGGUGGAGGUGGAGGUGGAGGUGGAGGAGCUGGGGGCGAAGCUGCAGGCACACAUGGACCGCACCAUGGGCCACGUGGGUGCGUUCCUCAACAGGCUUAAAGAGCAACAUGGAAGGAAAAGAGCAGGAGCGGCGGCGCCACAGCCGAAAACAGCCGGACAGCACACGCCGUCGCCGCUAGCGCCGCCGCAGCCGCUGCCGCCGGCAGAUGCAGCUGCUGCUGCCGCAGCGGCGGCGGCGACGGCUAGUACGGCUGUACGGCGAAAGUCGACAGAGACGCUGCACAGCCACGAAGUCAGCACCAGUGGUGGCGGGGGCGCGGGCGGCAGUGGCAGCGGCGGCGGCGGCGGCAGCGGUGCCGUCGGCAGCGGCAGCGGCGGCGUUGGCAGUGUGCGAGACUCUGGGGUCGACCAUGCGGCAGCGGAGGCGGUUAUGUCGUUGCUGGAGAGCAACGGCUUUGCGGUUGUGGACAACCGCCGGCUGUCCAACUAUUUUUGGUGCAAGGUGUCUUACGAGGGCCAGUACCACACGAGCCGCCUGGUACCCGUCGCCAGCGGCGCGGUGCGGUGGGAGGAGACGUUUGUCAUCGCCGCACUGCGGCCGAUACGGAACGCGCCGUUGGAGAUCGAGUUGUACGGCAGUAACGACAGCAAGUCGCGUGGGAAGGUGGUUUGCCAGCUGUCCCUACCGCUGUGCGACCUCAUGGAUCAGGUCCUCCGAAACCACUACCAGCGGCUUUCGGAGCAGCAGUUUCGCGAUAGCCAGCGCCAGCAGCAACAGCAACAGCAGGAAGAGGAGGAGCUGCUGCUGCUGCUGCUGUUGCAACAGCAACAGCGGAACCAACAAGGCCAUCAAUCGGUUCGCAAUCGGAUUCGUAAUCUGUACGACAAAUUGUCUGGCAUGCGCGCGUUGCAGUCAGCAGCCGCGUACAUGUUCGGCGGCUCCGGCGGCGGCCAGCCGCCGUACCAUCCUGACACGUGGCCGCGCGGCCGGGCGGUGUUGACGGCGCGUGUCGGUGGACCCGCGGGUCAGGCAUUCGCGACCCAUGGGCUACCCGGCGGCGGCGGCGGCGGCCCCGAUGGCGGGGCCCGCGAAUGCAGGCUCCUUUUAGAGGUGGAGGUAGUGGAUGCCGACCCACGGGCCACUGCCAACGGCACGCAGCUGUUGCCCUGGGUUCAGCACCAGGACCCUCAGCACCCCUACCCGCCGCACCAUCAUCAUCAUCAUCAUCCGGAGCAGCAGCACCUGCAGAGGCUCCAGGGGGGAGCCGACCUGACUGCGGCGGCGGCGGCGGCGGUGGCCGCCGUCGCCGACGGCGGGAGCAGCGCUCCCGUACUGAGCCCGCCAUGGAGUCCAGUGCCACGCAGCAGCGGCGCCGUCGCCGGCGGCGGCGGCGGCGGUGGCAGCGGUGGCGGCUUUGCAAUCAGCCCUGUCGACACCGGCGGGAUUGUGAGCCUAGGUUCCAUCGUGGCGUCAAGUUUCACCCACGGGGCGGCGCCGGUGGCGGCGCUGGCGCCAGCGGGCGAGGAGGAUUUAUGGCUGCCACCACGAGACCUGCCGCAUGUGCGUAGCCGUGUAGCGGGGGAAGCGUGCCAUGACGACGUGGCUGGCGUACGGAGCUGCACGUCACCGGUGGCAGGCUCAGGGGUGGUGCUGGCGGCGGCGAGCGAUUGCGAUUACUCCCCCACCGCCGCCACUGGUGCCGUACGCGGCAUCAGCGCCAGCAGCGGCAGCGUCCCGCCGACAGCCCCGGAGACGGGGACUCCGUGCACACCGACAGCGUGCACUGGGCCGGCGGGCAGGUCCAGCGGGAGCUCUGCAGCCACAGCCGCAGCCGCAGCAGCGGCUCCGCCGCCGCCGGGCCUAUGCUCGGCGACGGCGUUCGCCGCCAGCGCCUGUGCGACCUUGUCCCUGGUGUGCCACGAUUUGGAGUUAGAGAGGCCGCCGCCGCCGGAGUCAGCCGUCGGGGGUAGCGGCGUCGCUGUCGGCGGGCAGGCGGCGCAGCACGCCGCCGCCGUCACCGCCAUCACGCAGGGCGAGUACUUCGUGGCGGUCCGUUGCGGCGUAGUGUGGGCCUCUACAAAUAGUCUGAGGGUUGUGGGUACCGGCAGCAGCGGUGCUGUAGCUGCUGCUGCCGCCGCCGCCACCACGAGCGCCGCUGCUGCCGCCGCCGCUGGCGGCGGUGGCAGCGGUGGCGCGAGGUUGACGCCGCAUCUGGGUCUUGUGGUGCCGCUGUUGAAGCCGUCGACACUUGUGAGCUUGGCGCUGUACCGCCGUACAGGUGUUGUUGGCGGCAAGAAGGUCCUCAAUGUUCGCGCCAUGAUUGGCAUGAUGGCGGCCGAGCAGCUGGUGGGCAAACUGAGGCUGAGGGCGUCAAGUCUGGUGCCGGGCCGCCCCGUGACGUUGUGUCUGCCGCUGAAAGGUACCGCCGAGCGUUCCGGCCCCCGGCCCUGUGCCACAGUGGCUUGGUGCCGCAUGACUCUGCUGCUGUCCCCCGGACCCAUGGGUCUGUCCCGGCUCAUUGCGGCGUACGCGGAGCACCCGACCUACCCGCCAGUUGCCAUGCUGCAGGCGGGUGCCGUACCGGGGCGGGGUUUGAGUGACACGCUUCCCGUGGUGGACUCCAGCAAGGGAGUGGAGCCUGAGGCCCUGAAGCGGCGGGAGAGGAGGCUGCUGAUAAAGUGGGUCUCAGAGAGCAGUCCCGGUCUGUCCGCCAACGCCUCUCGUAAGCUGGUGGAGGAUGGCCGUACAGAGUUCAACCUUGGCCGGACCACGCAGCACUGGCGGCGCAUCGCAAGGGCCUUAUCUUCCACGGAGCCCAUGAAGCGCUUCUGGAUCCGGGUCCAGAGCUGGAGCAGUCCCCCGCUUACCCUCGGGGUGGCGGCGGGGGAGGUGCUGCUGCUGAUCUGGCCAUCCCGUACACUAGCAGUACUGCUGGUGGUGCUGGCAGUACGGAUGUUGGUGCUGCGAGGCGAGAUGAUGCGGCCGCCGGAGGAAGAGGCGGAGGUGGUGGGGUUGGGGCGGGGGUUGGCAGCGGCAGCGGCGGGGGAGGCGGAGGCGGGCGGCGGUGUGGCGGCGGCGGUGUCGUACUUUGGCGAGCCGCCGGCGAUGGUGGACGACAUUGGGAACGAGCCAGAAGCAUCGGCGCCGACGAGUGCCGGCUGCGGCGGGGGUAGUGGCGGCGACGGCGCCGCCGAUCCGGCAGGCCCCGCGAGCGGCAUCGGCAGCGGGUUCGGCCCCACUGUACCUCCGUCUGCAGCACCAACGCCGACGCCGUCGACGCCGACGACGGCGGCUGCGGGGACGGCAGCUUCAGCCUCUGUCAGCGGGCAGUUAGCGCCGCAGUCCAAUCCGAUACCCAUCCCGCCGUCGCAGUCGUCACAGCCCGCCGCGUCGUCGUCCAUGAUGACCGUCUCCAUGACGACCACCGCCGCCGGGUGGAUCUUCGGCGCGUCGUCGCCGCCGUCGGCCGCCGCCGCCGCCGCCGCUACCGGCGGCGCAGAGUGGGCGGCGGCGCACCAGCACGUCCUGUUGCAACGCGGCGGCGCCGCCGCCGCCGGUGCCGCGGGGCAUCCUCCCUUCACCGCCGCCGCCGCGGCGGCGGUCCCCGGCGGCGCGGAGGUCCCCAAGGAUCCGCUGGGGGCGCUACGUCAGCAGUACGACCACAUGGUGUACUUCGGUCUCCGCGUGCAGAACGUGUUGGACGACAUUGCCGGUGGCAUGGAGCGCAUGCAGGCUCUGCUCAGCUGGCGAGAUCCGGUGGCGUCGGGCUGCCUCGUGGUGGGCCUGGCGCUGACGGCGGUGAUGCUGUGGACCGUAGGAAUGCGUGUCGUACUUGGCGCCGUACUGCUGUACGACCUGCGGCCGCCGCGUUGGCGGGACCCCUGGUUGCCGCCGCCGGCCAACGCGUUCACGCACCUGUCCACUCGAUCCGAUUUGAUGAUGUAA